UGUUAUCGUAAUUUUUAAGAUCGCUCCGCUCCAAAAAUGCUCCGCAGCUUACGGCAAAUAACUAGAUUCGGAAAAUACGCCAGUGCACCGGCCAGUAGUUUGGUCAACAAGACAACCACACCGAAUGUGAUUUCGAACAGGCUUCAGGCACCACUUCAUACCACCAGCGUUGCACGAAAAUAUGAUAGAAAAUCGUCCAGAACAACAGACGAUUUGGACACUGACGAUGAAGCGGACGAGGAGUUUAAGGACGAGCGCGACUCCAAGGUGGUCAAGACCAAGGUGAACUCGCUGCGCGCCGACCUACUGCUCAAGGCGGGUCUGGGAAUGGCCAGAAACAAAGUUGAACUGAAUUUCUAUGAGAGCAAGAUCCGCGUCAAUGGGAAGAAGCUGCAGAAGAAGAGCGUGCAGCUGGAUAUUGGCGAUGAGAUCGAUGUGAUACGCGGCUUCAGCCAGGCCAAUCCUUCCCAUUUGGUGAUAUCACGAGUUGCCAUACUCUCUGCCAGCGAACGCGAGGAGGGUCUCAGUGUGCACUUGCGGCGCUACAAGUCGCUGCUUAUCGACAACUAUCGAGGCGCGGAUGCAUUCAAAUCCUCAGAACAAGUCGCCCAUUAAAUAAACUUCAAUGGUAUCAAUCCCCACAAAUA